UAAAAGAGAAUGAAAUUUGGUGGCAGUAGCAGCAGCAGCAGCAGCAGGAGAAUCAUCUAAGCGACGUGGCCUCCACCUUCCCUUCCCCCUUAACAGCCGCAAAAAAUGAACAAAAUUAAAAAGCAGCCGCUUGAAGCUAGAAAAAAACCCAAUCAACGAGCAAUAUAUACAAAAACAGAAGCCGCACAGUGAAAUAGCCCAAAAAACACCGAAAUAAAAAACAACGCAGACCUAAGAAAAGAGAAACAGAACGCUAAGUCCAGUCAGCGACAGCGUCGUUUGCCUCCAUAGCAGCAUUAUUAUCAACAUCAGCAACAGCAGCAGCAACAAAAACAGCAGCGGCGACAACGAGGCCACCAUCAUCAUCAUCUCAUCCAUUGAGUGGGCGUCGUCAGGCAGGGACAGCAGUCGGAGAAACGUUGGACGUGAACAAGUCGACGGAAACGUCCACGUCGACGUCGCCGCAACACUUUUGCGAAUCAAUUUCCGUUGCGGUGGCCGUUUCAGUUUUGGUUUCAACGUUGUUAGCACCGAGCGUGUCGCGAAUUUCUAAUGGCGGUCGCAGUCGGCGGUGUGAAUUAACAAAUGCAACAAAUCCGCGAAACUGGACAAACUUUUGUGAGAAAGCAAACAAGCAAAGCAAUUGAACCGAAUCAAGUGUUAAACGAUCAGAGACAAAAAUCAUGUUGCUGGAGUUUGAUCAAGGCCAUGGGCCCGACUCGGCAACAUUAGCAAUCGAUGCAGCAGCACAAACCACACGAGGUGGACUCCGCAGACACAGAACAAGCGCCGCAAGGAUACGUAAAAGACGCUGUUGCUGUGAACCAGUAGAGCCGGAGCAGGUCCAGGAGCUGGAGACCGAGAUGGAAGGUGAUGAAAAGGAACAGCGCCUGCGGCCAGACUCCCAGCAUACAAUAAGCAAUCGUUGCUCUAGUUUAGGCCUACUGGGGCUGACCGCAGCAGCAGCCGCUAUGCUACACACAACGAACGCCCUGUCAGCGACAGUCGCUGAUGCCAUUGUCCUGCCAUUGCAGGCCAUUGCCACGCCCAUGCCCCCCACAUCGAUGCACGCAUUGAAUUCGUCGGUGCCUCUGAAUGACAGCAGUGGCAGUAACAAUAGCAGCAGCAUGCCAAUGGGCGAACCAGGAGAGGAUUGGUUUGAUGAUGUGGUUUGGGUACUCAAGGCAUUUGUGAUGCUGUUCAUCAUCAUUGCCGCCAUUUGCGGUAAUCUUCUUGUUAUUAUUUCUGUGAUGCGUGUUAGAAAAUUAAGAGUUAUAACGAAUUACUUUGUAGUUUCCUUAGCUAUGGCUGAUAUAAUGGUCGCUAUUAUGGCCAUGACAUUUAACUUUAGUGUGCAAGUAACUGGGCGAUGGAAUUUCAGUCCGUUUCUCUGCGAUUUGUGGAACAGUUUGGAUGUGUACUUUUCAACAGCUAGCAUUUUGCAUUUAUGUUGCAUAUCCGUCGAUAGAUACUAUGCCAUUGUUAAGCCGCUCAAGUAUCCGAUUAGCAUGACAAAACGCGUGGUUGGCAUUAUGUUGCUAAACACGUGGAUAUCGCCGGCUUUGCUCUCGUUCCUGCCCAUUUUCAUUGGCUGGUAUACGACCGAUGAGCACAAGAUAUUUGUCAAGGAAAAUCCGGAGCAGUGCUCGUUUGUCGUGAACAAGUACUAUGCGAUAAUAUCGAGCUCAAUCUCAUUUUGGAUACCGUGCACCAUCAUGAUAUUCACAUAUUUCGCAAUUUUCCGUGAGGCCAAUCGGCAGGAAAAGCAGCUGAUGAUGCGACACGGCAACGCUAUGCUUAUGCACCGCCCAUCUAUGCAGCCGUCAGGCGAAGCGCUGAGCGGCUCGGGCUCAUCGAAAACAUUGACACUGCACGAGGUCGAGCAGGAGCACACACCCACAAAGGACAAGCACUUAAUCAAAAUGAAGCGGGAGCACAAGGCUGCACGCACGUUGGGCAUCAUUAUGGGCACCUUCAUACUCUGCUGGCUGCCAUUCUUUUUGUGGUACACACUCUCAAUGACUUGCGGGCCGUGUCAGGUGCCAGAUAUCGUGGUCUCCAUACUCUUCUGGAUUGGCUACUUUAACUCCACACUAAACCCCCUCAUCUACGCGUACUUUAAUCGCGACUUCCGAGAGGCCUUCCGCAACACACUUCUUUGCCUGUUCUGCAACUGGUGGAAGGAUCGCCAUAUGCCCCUCGACAUUGACAUACGCCGCUCGAGCCUCCGAUACGAUCAGAGGGCCAAGAGCGUCUACUCGGAGAGUUACCUGAACUCGACCACUCCAUCGCAUCGCCGUCAGUCGCAAAUGGGCGACAAUUUAUAAUACAGGGACGAGGCGCUUUUGACGCCGAUUGCUCAGCAGCAGCAGCGAUUAGCAGCUGGCGGGGAGGUGGCCAGAACCCGACUUGAAGUGGCUAGACCAGCCCAGGUGGCCAGUGAUGAUGUGCAGGAGAUCCAAAUUGAGAUACCAAUGGAGUACAUCAACAAAUGGAAUAAGAAUAACAAUGCAGCUUCCUCCACCGCCUCCAGCCAUGUGUAAGAACUUGAACGAGGGAAAAAAUUGCACCUUCUAGUCCAGAUGAUAAUGAUAAUCUUUAAUUUACACAUGUGCUCCGACUCUCCUCUAAGUGUCCUUUGCCUGGGGAGAACUAUGUCUUCUAAAUAAUUUAUUUAUUCAAUUGUAAAUAAUUAAUAUUUUUGUAUAAUAGCAGGUUGUAAAAUCAUCAUUUCAACUAAGUUUCUACAAUUUGUUAAGCUAUUUAUUCAAUGACAAAAGAAAAACACAAGAACAAAGAAAUGGCAAUCAACUACUGAGCUAUACUAUGCAUCGUAUGUAUGUUUUCAUAAAUGUCUAUAGGUAUGUAUGUACAUACAUACCACAUUUAUUGUAUACUAUGUACAUAGGAAACAAACUGCAAACUGUGCCAAUUAAAAAACGAGAAACACUCACACAUAAAUUAUCCAACCAUACACACACACACACACACUGGAAUGGCUAGAAUCUAAUAGGUCAGACUGCCAUUUAAUUGGUAAAAAUGUGUGGUGUGUAGGGGAUAGAAGAAAGUGUUAUUCGACAUGACAAUCGUAUGAUAUAAACAAAACAGAGAAAAAACGAAACCAAUGCUCAAAAAAAAAAAUUAUUGAAUAAAUUUAACUAAAUUCUAGCAACUUGUAGUUGAAUAAAUAUAUCUAGCAAUAAAAUGAGAAAGAAAACAAAAAACAAAACAAAGUCAGUUAAAAUCAAAAAUAAGUGUGAAGUCUUAUUAGUAUAGUUCAAGUGCAUCGAAUAUC